AUGAUCAUACGUCGAAGACGCAAUCGUAUUGAGAGUUUGAAAAAUAAUGCGGGUGUUUGGAUCUCUGCUAUAGAGGAAUUGGAGGAUCUUGCAAUCGCAUAUUAUCAGAGACUCUACUCCUUGGUGGAUGUGGAUGUGGUUGUAGAGAGUUUGCCACAGGUGGGGUUCCCUUCUCUUACAGUCAUGGAGAAAAAUUCUUUGGCCAGACCUUACACAGAAGCGGAGGUGGAAUCAGCGGUGAAGGGUAUGGGGAAGUUUAAGGCACCGAGUCCUGAUGGUUACCAACCAGUGUUUUACCAGGAGUGUUGGGAUAUUGUAGGUAUGUCUGUCACACACUUUGUGUUGGAGUUUUUUGCGACUAAUACUCUGCCGGAAGGGACGAAUGAUGCGUUGGAUCCUACGAUUGAAACGGGCAAUGACCACUCUUAUAGGCCCUGCUCAGUUGAGCUUCAUUCCGGGAGACUGAGUACUGAUAACAUAUUAGUUGUUCAAGAGGCGGUUCACUCGAUGAGACGGAAGAAAGGGCAUAAAGGAUGGAUGUUUACCAGAGAAUUAGAGGAGUUGGAUAAUGUCAUGUGUUACGAGUCCGUCUUUGACACUAUUAUGGAAUGGUUGUGCCAUCUGAUUGAGUUUUCUACUACUGCAAAGGAGUGGAAACCAAUAUGUUUAUCUCGUAAUGGACCGAAGCUCUCUCAUAUCUGCUUCGCAAAUGAUAUCAUCUUGUUUGUAGAGGCGUCAGUGGCCCAAAUCAGAGUAAUACGGCGAGUGUUAGAACGGUUUUGUGUUGCAUCGGGUCAAAAAGUGAGCCUGGAGAAGUCAAAGAUCUUUUACUCGGAGAAUGUUAGCCGAGACCUUGCUCAACAAAUCAGUACUGAGAGUGGGAUUAAAGCCACACGGGAGUUGGGAAAAUAUAUGGGGAUGCAUGUUCUUCAUAAACGUAUCAACAAGGAUACUUUUGGGGAGGUUCUUGAGAGAGUAGCAUCACGACUCUCAGGCUGGAGAGGUCGAUUCCUUAGUUUGGCAGGUCGGGUGACUUUAACUAAGGCUGUUUUAUCGUUUAUCCCCGUUCAUACAAUGUCUACAAUCUUGUUGCCUCAAUCCGCUUUGGAGAAACUGGAUAGACUGUCAAGAUCGUUCCUAUGGGGUAGCACAACUGACAAACACAAACAGUACCUUUUGGCAUGGGAUUGUGUUUAUCUCCCAAAGUUAGCAGGUGGUCUGGGAAUUCGAUCUGCAAAACAGAUGAAUGUUGCAUUACUGGCAAAGGUGGGGUGGCAGUUACUACAUGACAAAGUAAGUAUCUGGGCGAGGGUUUUACGAAGUAAGUACAAGGUUGGAGAUAUACGAGAUGGGACCUGGCUGGUAGCAAAAAGUUCUUGGUCCUCUACCUGGAGGAGUGUGGGGAGAGGGUUAAGAGAAGGAGUGGCUCCAUGCAUCAGUUGGGUUCUUGGAGAUGGACGUAGUGUCAGGUUUUGGAAGGAAUGCUGGUUAACUAAUUCCCCUCUUUGUGAUUUAUUGGAAAGGGAGCAGCCUGCGGGAUACGAUAGUGUGACUGUCAGAGAUUUAUGGAAGUCUGAUUCGGGAUGA